AUGCAACACCUUCCAUCCAUUCUCAGACCUCCCAAACCAAAAUCCCUAAUCUCUCUCCUCUCAUACCCUGGUCCUCUCUCUCCCACCUACAGCAACUUUUCACUCUCUCUAUUGGAAACCCACAGACACCCCAACCAUUUCAACCAAAUUCUCUCUCUUGCCAUCACUUCAGCCCUCUUCACAGACCCAUUUGUGUCCAGCAAACUCCUCCACCACUCCCUUUCUAAUUCCAAUUUUUCACUCGAAUUCUCGCACACCCUCUUCUUCCAGAUUCAAAACCCUAAUAUCUUUGCCUGGAGUUUCAUCCUCCGAGCCUUCUCUCAGAGCUCGGUUCCAGAAGAAGCAAUUGUUCUAUACAAUCUCAUGCGGCGAAAAAACAUUGUCCCGGUAAAUAUGUUUUCCCUUUUGUGCUUAAAGCUUGCGGGCGAGUAUUGGGUCUUGAAAAAGGCCUAG